AUGCAGCAAGAUGAUAAUAUACAAGUAAAAAUAUUAAAAGAUGUAAAUCCUUAUUAUUAUAAAAAAGAGAAUCCAUACGACAAUUUAGAAUAUAAUAAAUACGUUAUGAAUGUGAAUGAUGUUGAGGGAACCAAUAUUAUUGAUGAUAAGAAAAAGGAUUUAGGUAUAACAAAAUAUGAUAUUUUUACGACAGAUUCUUUGUCAACAACUACAGAUGAAGUAUCUUAUAGUUGUCAAAUCGAAAAUAAAAAUGAAGAAAAAGAAUUUUUGAGAUAUUAUGAUAAACAAGCAGGUAUAAUACGACAAGAUGAUAAUAAUAAUAAUAAUGAAAAUAAUAAUAUUAAUAAUAUUUGUAAUAAUGAAAAUAAUAAUAUUAAUAAUAUUUGUAAUAAUGAAAAAAAUAAUAUUAAUAAUUUUUGUAAUAAUGAAAAUAAUAAUAUUAAUAAUAUUUGUAAUAAUGAAAAUAUGUUAACAACAAAAAAAAAUGAUAAUACAAUAAUAAAUAGUAAUAUUAAAUAUUUAAACAAUAAUAAUAUAUUUAAUAACAACAUGGUACCACAAAAAAAUAAUACACAAAUAUUUAAUCCGUAUGAUAAAAGUAUGAGGAAUAUUCAAUUGUAUAAUAAAGCUGUAAGUUUUUUAAAGAAUGAUGGGGACAUAAAUUCAAAAAAAAAUACCCAUGAUAAUUUAAUGUUCCUAAAAAAUAUACGAAGUAAAAGUAAUAAUAAUCUUAUUGUAAAUAGGAAUAUAACAAAUAAUGUGAUAAGUGGUUUGACAAAUAAUGUGAUAGGUGGUAUGACAAAUAAUGUGAUAGGUGGAAUGACAAAUAAUGUGAUAGGUGGAAUGACAAAUAAUGUGAUAGGUGGUAUGGCAAAUAAUGUGAUAGGUGGUAUGGCAAAUAAUAUGACAAGUAGUAUGACAAAUAAUAUGACAAGUAGUAUGACAAAUAAUAUGACAAGUAGUAUGACAAAUAAUAUGCGUAAUAAUAUGAAUAGGGUUGUAACGAAUAAUAUUAUUACUAAUAUGAACAGAUCAGUUUCUGGAAGUAAAAGUAUUAACAUGAGCAACCCGUUACUCAUAAAUAAGAUGGAUUAUGGUAAUGACAUCUACCACAACAACAACAACAACAAUAAUAAUAAUAAUAAUAAUAAUAGUAGCAAUAUUGUCAGUGGUAAAUAUUUUGUGAAUUCUCAAAAUAGUAGCAAAAAUAAUUUCUUUACAAAAGUAGGAGAAAGCACAAUACGAUCUACAACAAACAUUUUAGAUAUUUAUAAACAGGGAAAUAUGUAUAUGCACAUCCCAAAAAAUGCAGAUUUAAUGAACAAUGUUUCUUCAUAUAGUAUAGCCCAUGAAAAUUAUAUAAAAAGGGACAACACGAAUGUGGUCCACGUGUUAAAUAAUAACCACCUUGUAAAUAUAAAUAAUGUGGUAAACAGCAACAAUAAUUUGAAUAACAACAAUAAUUUGAAUAACAACAAUAAUUUAAAUAACAACAAUAAUUUAAAUAACAACAAUAAUUUAAAUAAUAGCAAUAAUUUGAAUAACAACAAUAAUUUGAAUAACAACAAUAAUUUAAAUAUUAGCAAUAAUUUGAAUAACAACAAUAAUUUAAAUAACAACAAUAAUUUAAAUAACAACAAUAAUUUAAAUAAUAACAAUAAUUUAAAUAACAACAAUAAUUUAAUCAACAAUAAUUAUGUAAGAAAUAACCAAGCUGUAAAUCACGCUCAUACAUUAAAUGCUCAUUUUAACAAGAGCGAUAAUGUGGAUAACAUGAGAAAUCAUAUUCCAAACAAUGACAAUAAAAAUAUUGUAAAUAUGUUAAAUUUAAAAAAUAUGAAAAGUAUUAAUGAUUUGUCGGUUUUAAUAAAUAAAAAUAAACCUAUUCAUGUAAUAAAUGGGACAGAGGUUCAACAAAAAAGAUCCUUGAGUAAUGUUCAAAAAUUAAAAACGUUGAACACUUUUCCAAAUGCCAAGGGAAGAUUUAGUUUGAUCAAUAAAAUGGCUAGCAUGCCGAAUAUGAGCACGACGAGUAGUCUGAACAUGACAGGGUUAAGCACAAGCUCGUCUGAAGGAUUAACCAACAUAAUUAAUAUGAAUAAUAUAAACAAUGUGAAUAAUAUAAACAAUGUGAAUAAUAUAAACAGUGUGAAUAAUAUAAACAGUGUGAAUAAUAUAAACAGUGUGAAUAAUAUAAACAGUGUGAAUAAUAUAAACAAUGUGAAUAAUAUAAACAGUGUGAAUAAUAUAAAAAAUGUGAAUAAUAUAAAAAAUGUGAAUAAUAUAAACAGUGUGAAUAAUAUAAAAAAUGUGAAUAAUAUAAACAGUGUGAAUAAUAUAAACAGUGUUAAUAAUAUAAAAAAUGUGAAUAAUAUAAACACCGUGAAUAAUUUAAACAAUAUAAAUUAUGUAAAUGUGAACAAGGGUUUGAACCCUAUACAUAAUGUAAGCAAUAUAAGUGCCCUAAAAUUGUUAAACAAUAAUAAUGAUAUGAAAAAGAAAUUUAGUACAUAUGGAAAAAGUGAGUCGUCCGAAAAUAUAAGUAAGAAUGUAAAGUACAUAAAAUAUAUUCAAGAAAACAUUCACUAUUUGAAUAAUAUUGAUGAUAAUAAAAGGAAGUAUUCUCUCACAAGUAUAAAUGAUGUGGGGUGUAUAAAAAAAAAAAAAAAUAUGAAUGAUAUAUUUUUAGGAAAGCAUGAUAAUAUGUUACUUACAGAUGAAAUACCAAAGAUCAAUUUAGGAAAAAAUAUAUUGAAUAAUAAUAAAAUGAUAAAUUAUAAUAAUAAUAAUGAUAAAAGUAAUAUAAUAAAUAAUGUUAUAAAUAAGAACAUGUCUACAGAUUUGUUGAAUGAUAGAGAGUAUGAUAUGAAUAAAAUGAAUAUUCAUAAUAUAGAGAAGGAUGAAAAUAAUUAUAUAAACAUUGGGGAUAAUAAAAUAAAGAAAAAUCAAAUUGAUGUUGUUAAUAAUAAGGUAAUGAAAUUGGAUAAUAUGGAGGAUGAAGAAGCUAUGAAUAAAUUAUCAUUAAUAUCUUUACAUCCAAACAAUAAUCACAUUAUGAAUAAUGUGAAUAAUAUAAAUGGGGUGAAUAAUAUAAAUGGGGUGAAUAAUAUAAAUGGGGUGAAUAAUAUAAAUGGGGUGAAUAAUAUAAAUGGGGUGAAUAAUAUAAAUGAGAUGAACAAUAUAAAUGGGGUGAACAAUAUAAAUGGGAUGAACAAUAUAAAUGGGAUGAACAAUAUAAAUGGGAUGAACCAUAUAAAAAGAAUGAACAAUAUAAAAGGAAUAAACAACCUGAACAGUAAUAAUAAUAUAAACAUGAAUCGAAGUUGUAAUAAAAUGAACAUGAAAAAAGUGUCCAAAAAAGAUAAUGAUCAAAAUGCGGUAUCGGAAAAACGAUUUAGCGAAGAAAAAUAUAAUUUUCUUAAAAAUUUAAUAAGAAAUAAUAAGAAUAUGGUAAAAUUAAAAUAUCUGAAUAAAUUUAUAGGAAAAAGAAGUGGACCAUCAAUAAAAAAUAAUAUGAACGAUAUGAUGGUUAAGAUGAAUAAUAACAUGAAGGAUGUUAUGCAUAUAAAGGAUGUAACUAAUAUAAACAAAAUUAAUAAUAAUAAUAAUAAUAAUAAGUUGGUAAAUUUAAAUACGAAUAAUUGUAUUUCUUAUAAUAGUUGUAACAAAAUGAAUUAUAUACAUAAAUAUAAAAAGAAAAGAGUUUUAUGUUUAGAUACGAAACAUGGGAAAAAUGAAAUAAAACAAAAUGAGAAAUUAAUUUUUACAAAUUACGAAAUAAAAAUGUUUUUGUUAAAUACAAUUAAAGCCAUAGGUAUAGUUUUUAAGAAAUGGAAAUUUAAAAAUUUCGGAUUAUAUUUUUGGUAUCAUAUUAAAUGUAUAGAAAAUGAAAGAGAUUUAAAUUUUUAUAUUAAAAUAUUUAAUUUUGUGUUUGAAAUCAUAACAGGGAAAAAUAUAUAUUACCAAUUAAAUGACAUUCAUAAUAUUGUUGCAUUAUUUAAAGAAUUUAAAAUAUAUGAUUGUAAACAUGUUCUUAAAAAAAGUAUUAAAGUUUUAAAUAAAUAUGCAAAAAAAAAUUCAAAGGAAUUCUCUCUUUUUGAAAAUAAUCAACAUGUAGUAUUAGACAUCAAUAAACAUAUGUUAUUUAAUGAUGAGGAAAAAAAAUUAACAACUUCUAAUAUAAAACAAAAUGAACAAGAACAAAUUAAAACCAACGUUCUUUAUGAUCAUGAUAAUAUAAAUGUAGACACGAAACAAAAUUAUCAAAUAAUAACAAAUAAAAAUAAUCAUCCAAAGGAUAAUUUUUAUUCAUAUCUUUAUGAUUCCUUACAAGGAAAAAAUCAUAUCUUUCAACAACCAGGCGUACAAAAUAUGCAUAUAUAUAAUAUGUUUGCACAAUUUAAUGAAUUAAAUUUUAAUGAUAUGUUUAACUUUUCAAUAACCUAA